UUCACGCCAGCAGAUGGCGGUAAAGAGCUUUAUUGCCCAAUCAACUGAAUUGGUUUCCUAAGAGGAGUGGCACAGACUUCCUGUAAACUUCCUGAUCCUUCAGGCUGGACUUCCUGCAUGCAGGUUUAUUAGCCUGACAGUGGAUUGUGUAACUCACAGGCCUUAAAGCGAGCCAAACAGUCGAUUUCACUGAGAUGGCGAGUGGACAGCUGUCCCGGGAGGAGGCGUUGAUGCGCUCACACUGCAGGCAUGCGUGCCACGUGAUGCUCUUCUCUGACACUAAAGCUCAGCUGUUUGGGAGAACUCCCAUGAGACACAUCGUACUGAUGCAGAUGCGCUUUGACGGUCUGCUGGGUUUCCCUGGCGGGCUUGUUAACCCUUCAGAAGAAACCCUGGAGGCGGGGCUGACCAGGGAAUUGUUGGAAGAGCUGGGUGUGGCGCUUCCCGUAUCGGUAGAAGAUCAUGUGGCCUCUUGCUUUGCUCCCACCUCCUCCCCAUCUUCCUCUCGUCUCAUUCUUCACUUCUACGUGAAGAAGAUAGAGGAGGAGCAGAUUAAAGAAGUGGAGAGAGCAGCCGCAUCCACGGCAACGGAUCACGGGCACGAGGUUCUGGGAAUGGUCAGAGUCCCCAUCUAUAGCUUCAAAAGCGGAGCGGGACUCCCGUCCUUUCUGUCGCACUCGUUCAUCGGGAACGCUCGCUCUCAGCUGCUGGACGCUCUGCUGCGCUUCAAGCUGGUCACCCCUGAGGAAUUGCACAGAGCCCUCACGCAGUCUGUCAAGAUACAUGCACGCACCUCAAAGGACCUGCAGGCAGCGCUCACACUCACGUAGGAGAAGAGGAAACAGUCCUGAAAGACACCUGAGCAUGCAUCAGCAGCAUGCACUCUCAAACAUGCACGUACACACAGUCAGUGCUGUUUCUGCGCCAGUGACUCAUGAUUGCCUGGUGUGCAUGUAACAGUUUGGAGGAAGCACCAUCACAUGCUUCACCAUUUGCUUGAAAUUGGGAAUAAAAUAACUGAUUUCAAUAAUCAUA